AUGGAGUCUCAUAGUGCCGACGUUCAAGAGUUGCCACGUCCUCAAAACACGGGCGAUGAGCCUCUUACAGCUGAGGAAACAAAGAAGCACUACCGCAAGGGGUGCCAGCUGGAAGAGGCGAAUCAGAUCAGAACGGGCAUCCCCUACCUCAACUUCUUCUACAUCUGGAUCAUCGGCCUCACCUCCACUCUACCGAUCCAAUCAUUGUUCCCUUAUAUAUACUUCAUGAUCAGGGACAUGAAUAUCGCAAAGCGGGAGGAAGACAUCGCGUUCUAUGUUGGAUUUGUUGGGUCAUCUUAUUUCUUUGCUAGAGCACUCAGUUCUGUGCCAUGGGGCAUAUUUGCUGACAAGUAUGGAAGGAAGCCCUGCAUCGUGAUUAGCAUCCUCUCAGUGAUUGUUUUCAACACAUUAUUUGGUCUUAGCACAAGAUACUGGAUGCCAAUUGUAACUAGGGGAUUGCUUGGGAUGCUUUGUGGUAUAUUGGGACCAAUCAAGGCUUAUGCUACAGAAGUCUGCAGGAAAGAGCACAAAGCUCUAGGAAUGUCUCUUGUUACAUCAUCACGAGCGAUAGCUCUUGUUGUUGGACCAGCUAUUGGAGGGUUUCUUGCACAGCCAGCAGAAAAGUAUCCACAUAUUUUCUCCAAAGAAUCCAUAUUUGGGAGGUUUCCAUAUUUCCUCCCAUGCUUUACCAUAUCGAUACUAGCAAUGGGAUCCUGCAUCGCAUGCAUUUGGCUUCCCGAAACGCUGCAUUUUCACAAGAAUGAGAAAGUAGACGCUAUUGAUGAAGUGGAAGCACAAGUUGGUCACUCAAACGUAGAAGGUGGACAAGCUAAAGAAUCUGGUGGCACAUCUACAAAGAAUCUACUAAAGAACUGGCAAUUGAUGUCAUCAAUAAUUCUCUAUUGUAUCUUUUGUCUUCGUGACACAGCUUAUCUUGAGAUAUUUUCACUCUGGGCAGUGAGCAGUAGAAAAUUCCGGGGCCUGAGUUUGACAUCCCAGGAUGUUGGCCUUGUGCUAGUCAUUUCAGGUUUGGGUGUUCUGGUAUAUCAAUUUGUUGGUUAUCCCUUAAUUGCCAGGUAUUUCGGACCAAUCAGACCAUUACGACCUGCUGCGGUCUUGUCUAUACUUGUCCUGGCAACAUAUCCCUUCAUAGCCAAACUACAAGGGCUAGAACUCAAAAUACUAAUCAACAUAGCUUCACUUUUGGGGGAACACAUUUUCUAUUCCAACUUCCCCUAUGAGACAUGUGCAGACACAAGAACAGAGAGGUGUUGCAAAUGGCAUCUCCGUGACUCUAAUGUCAUUGUUCAAAAGUGUAGCUCCAGCAGCAGGAGGAAUUUUGUUUUCGUGGGCUCAGAAGCACAUGACUGGGCUGUUAUUACCAGGCGACCAGAUCUUAUUCCUGAUGGUAAACAUGGUGGCAAUAAUGGGACUAAUUUUGACGUUCAAGCCAUUUUUCUCCAUGUCAGAUGCAUUGAGGCGUUCAUAUUAGUAUAUGAUUAG